AUGGAGACCAAGGUGCCACGGAUACAUGCAGAAAGGAUCCGUGUUACGCUUGGGUAUGAAGGGUUAUUUUAUGUUGAUAACGACGGCUUGAGUAGAGGAAUGGCGCUUUUAUGGAAGAAGAAUAAUAUGGUGAGACUUUUGAGUUACUCACAGAGUCAUAUUGAUGUGGAGAUAAGCUUGUUUAAUAAGUUAUGGCGCAUGACAUGUAUCUAUGGUGUCCCCGAGCGUGGUAGGCGGGAGGAAACAUGGGAAUUACUUGGCAUGCUGAAGACUAGGUCUUUGUUGCCCUGGGUGGUGAUAGGGGAUUUUAAUAAUCUACUAUACCAGCAUGAGAAGAAGGGGGGAAAUCCGUAUCCUAAUAGUUUGCUACGGGGUUUCGGUGAUGCUGCGGAUGACUGUGGUUUGAUGCAAAUGCCAAUGAGGGGCCAUCAGUAUACGUGGCAGAAGGGAAAGGGCACACCGAAUUGGAUAGAGGAAAGAUUGGACAAAGCUUUAAUAACGAAUGAUUGGGGUCUGCUCAAUGAGAAUGCAUGGCUGGAGAAUAUUCGAACCCGGGCCUCGGAUCAUUCGAUCCUAUUCCUCAGCAUUCAAGCGUUUUGCAUGCCAAGGAGAAGGGGGCCAUGGAAGUUUAGAUUUGAAAUGGCUUGGCUUUUGGAUGAGGGGUGCAAAGAAGUAGUUGAAACGGCCUGGCAGGAGGGGAGAACGGAGGGAUUGCUGCAUUGCCAGCGGUUGUGUGGGGAAAAGUUGAUGCGGUGGGGUGGAGAUCAGUUUCAUAAAUUCGGAAAACGAAUUAACCACCUGCAGCAGAGGCAAGAUGCCAUACGAAAUAGACGAGAUGUGGGGGCUUUAGCUGAAUACCAACAUAUUGAGAAUACCAUGAAACGAGUAGAGGCCCAGGAGGAUGUGUUUUGGAGGCAGCGGGCCAAGCAGCACUAG